GCGCAUGCGCUGUAGCACUAGCAUUCCGAUUAGUUUACCCCAACGACUGGAGACGCCAACUUAGUGAAAAUGAUUGUUUUCCUUGUUAUGGGCUGAAGGUACCAUUAAACCACCAAUUAAUAUUUUCAGCCGACUGAUAGAAAGUUGUUAUAAUCAGUGAAAUUUUAUGAAGAGCGUAUGAAAAAAUUGCUCUAGUGAGCAAUGUGUGUAAAGAGACUAUAGAAUGUGGGCAUAUAUGGGUGCCCCAUAGUGAAAUGACUGAAACUUUGGAGUUGGAAGGACACCCAUCCACUUUUUGAAAACAUACAAAGAUGAGACUUGGAUCAUUGACAUCGGCAUUCAAGAGGCUGAAAACCUGAAAUCCAAAGAGGUGUCUUUGCACCUCUAGAUCCAAGAUUUGUCUACAGGUGCUGAAUGAGUUUUAUAAUGGGCCAAAGAUGAUUUGUGUGACACUGAAGCAUGAGUGUACUCACCAUGGCAGCUGAUGAAGUCAAAAUAGGAUCUGGAGAAGGCUCUGGUGAUUCAGUUGCUGGUGCUCGUGGGAAGGUAAAGAAGAGAAGCACUCUUGCUAAACUAGUUGAGAGAAAGCGCCAAGUCAGAAUUGGCAACAAAGACAGUGAAUGUGGGUCUUGCUUGUCUCUGCAAGAUGCAUGUUCUGCUCCUGGGUCUUCAAAAAUUGAUAUGACUGCUGAGAAAAAAUCUCCCUCCAAGUGCUUGCCAUGCUACAGUGAUCAAGAUAGCAAACCUGUCCCUAAGCCUCGGAAAAAUUCCAGGAGUGGUGAUAUUCAAAGUGUUGGGAUGGACGGUAUUAAUGAAGGUAUCUCUGGCGUUGUUGUGGAGACAGACAAAGUAAAAAAAUCACCAUCUGAUUCAACCAUUUAUCGGUUCCGCACCAUAAGAAUGGCUGCAGAUCAGGCAGACUUGACAGACAGCUUGAAACAAAGCCCCUUUGUCCCUAAACCCCCUCUUACUCCUCGCACUCCGAGGAAAGUAGUAGUAAUGCAAACCAAAGAAAAUGGGAAAAAUGGGGCAGUACACUUAGAGAAUCUUCAAAGCGAUGAAAAUGAGCUGCACAAUAUAGAGGAGCAAAAGGUGGGAAAAGGCUUUGCUGCUAGUGAGACAAAGGUUACAGAUAAACAGCAGCUAGUCAUGUACUCAGGACAAUCUGCUGGUACUGAAAAUCAUGAUCCAGCAGAUCAAACUUACAAGGAGUUGCAGAAGCAGUACACGCAAAUACUGUCAGACCUCAGAGACAUUGGUCAGCUUGAGUCGGAGCAAAGGGCCAUUCAGGGUCAGAACAGAAGAGCAGAGUCUGUGUUAUCUGACCCCACAGACAGUGGGUCAACGUUGGGGCAUUUAAUGCCUGUGCCAUUUAAGAAUGCACCACCACCACUAGAUUCAGACAUGGCAUCACACACAUUACGUACAGCAUACAAGGCUGAUCGGGGCUAUUGGGCGUACGUGGCACACAGGCAAAGAAAGCUAAACAAACCGAUGUCAGAUGGAGGAAGUGGUGGACAUCAUGGAUCCGAUGUGUCUUUCGCAUCAAGUAGUGUGAUGCCUGUCAUAACAACAAAGGAGGCUAGAUCAAGGAGUUUCUUGGUGGGUAGUGUAGGUUCAGGGGUAUACUCCAUGCUUGGACCAGAAGAAUUGGAGCGUUACUUUCCUGACAGACGCAUUCAUAUCUGGGUGGGCACAUGGAACAUGAAUGAGAUUAAGGAUGUAACUGUAUCUCUCAAUGACUUUAUCCUGCCUUUGGAACACGAUCUUGUGCAAGAUAUUUAUGCUGUCGGGACACAGGAGAACUGUGUGAACAGGGCUGAGUGGGAGAUUAAGAUACAGGAAACAUUGGGGCCAACUCAUGUUCUCUUGCACUCCGUAUGGUUUGGGUCUCUUCACCUUGUCAUAUUUAUUCGACGAGAUCUUAUCUGGUUUUGCUCAGUGCCAGAAAAUGCUGAAGUGACACUAAGAGCAAUGUCAAUGGUAAAGACAAAGGGGGCCAUUGGGAUUUCCUUCUCCUUGUUUGGUACCUCCUUCCUGUUCAUCAACAGCCACCUGGCAGCUGAUCGAGGCGUCAGCAGGAAUGAAAUCCGAAUGCAGGAUUAUGUCAAAGUCAUCAAGAAACUACAGUUACCUCGUCACGGUACAAGAUUUUCCCAGGCACACAAGACAGAUGUGACUUCUCAAUUUGACUGCGUGUUCUGGUGUGGUGAUCUGAACUUCCGUCUGGAAACACGGCGAGAGACUGUGGUGGCCAAAGUCAUUCAGAUGACAGCGGAAGACUGCAUUCCACAUUUUGAGGAACUUCUUAAAGGCGAUCAGCUUUCAAAGUUUAUAACAGAAGGAAAAAUAUUUGAGGGUUUCCAGGAAGGACGAAUCAAUUUUCCACCCACUUUUAAAUUUGAUAUUGACUCCGACAGUUAUGACACGUCACAGAAGAACAGGAAUCCAUCAUACACAGACCGAGUGAUGUUCCGGUCUCGCAAGAAGAACCAUAUCACCUGUCUGCACUAUGAUUGCGUCAGAAACAUCAAAGUUUCUGACCACAGAGCUGUCUUUGCUUUGUUUGAAGCAGUCCUUCGGCCAGGAAGGGAUAGUGGAUGCCUCAAUGGUGGACAGUUUGAUCGUAAUGUGUACUUAGAAGCUAAUCGAAGGCGAGCAAUGUCACAACAGUUAACGGGACAGAAAAACAGUUCUGUCUGUGUUCUUCAGUGACCAAUCAGUGCAGAAACAAGAGUUAAAUGAACUUAAUUAAAGCCAGUACCAUGGACAGGCCUUCUGCCAUACCAAGUGACAAGUUUAGCCGAGAAAAAUGUUGGAAGUGUUGUGUGGAGUUUUGUGACAGACCUGAUGUGAUAAUUCAACCAUCUUCCAGAGUGUGUUGCCUUUAAUUAUUCCUGUUGUUCACAUCAUCAUUAAUUGCCUUGUUGAUACAAUUUCCUCAUUACCUUGUAUAUUCUUGUGCACAUAAUUAUGUGUGCAUGCGUAUAGAAAAUUGUGUACAUCGGAUGGCAGUUUAGGAGAGAAGUGCUUUGGAGUGACUUGACAUGAGAAAUAAUAAUGUUGCUAAUAUAAUGAGAAAUAAGCACAACCUGCCUUUAUUUUUAUGAAAGAAUAUGGUUUUAAAAUAGCUGAUUAUGUUUUGUAAAAAUACCCUUGGUUUGGUUCGAUUGUAAGGUAUUUUAAAUGGGCAGCCAGGUCAACUCAACUCAAAGCCUGUUUUGUUUUCCUUGUGUUCAGCUUAUGGCAUAUCACAGCCAUGGUGUAACUUGGGUUUUGUAAAUUAUAUUUAUUUGUACUUUUUGUUUCCACUACAUUUAGCGUUAGUUCCAAAUUUUGUCUAUUCCGUCCAUUCAGUUUUUAAGAUCUGAGAUUCUAUUACAUUAUGCUCCUCAUGAGAUUUGUGUGCUUGUGAAUAGAUGGACAGGAAGGGUAGGCAAGGAGUGGGGAAGGCAGAUGUCAGUUUCAUUCUGGACAGUUUUUUGUUUUCUUACAAGUGCCUGAUGUGUUUCCCCGCAACGAAAUUGAUUAAUUAGCUGCACAGUAUCAUUGUGGACACUCAGCUAGGCAAGUCUUUAAAAGACAAGGAAAUAGAGUUUACUCAAUUUCAAGUGAUGUUAUUGCAUUAAGUAGAACUACAUGCUCAUUGUCUUUAAAAUUUGAACCAAAUUGUUGUUUUCUGCUGGUGUUGCAUGGCUCUUUAUGAGUCCAAGUAUAGUACGCUUAACAAUAGCUGGCAUUCAUAAUCAAGCAAAUCAGACAAGAGUCAGUAUGAAAAUGGCGUGUUGAUUAAAGAUGCAUAUUAUGUUGGAUGCUGAAUCUGCAAUUUUGUGGCCAAGGACCUCCCCUGAUAGAAAGCUUUAAUUUACAUCUAGAAAUCCAAAUUUCUCUUCAGGUUCUAAACUUUCUACCAUUUAUGUUCUCCUAUAUUUCUUUCCGGCUAAUAAAAGAGUGUGUGUGUGUGUGAGAGAGAGCUGCCAAUCCAAGAAAACAGUGUUUUAAGGAAAUGGUAGAUGAUAGAAACAGUAACCAUGGCUGGAAAUUCAUCACUGUAUUUUAAAAUCAUUUUCACAUGCAAGAUUAUUCAUUUAUCAGAGUUCAGAUAUAAAUGGAUAUGAACAUGGUUCUAAUAAGAUAUUAUGAAAGCUCUUUUAUUACUGUUUUUAUAUUUAUCAUCUGAAUUAGCUAUUACAUUGGUCUAGCUCACUGGUUCUUAACCUUGUUUGAGGUUCUGAACCCUUCUUUAGUGUCAUCACAAAUUGCGGGUGUGUCUUGACCUCCGUAGCGGAGGCUCCGCCGAACCCUUGAGACCAACUCACUGAACCCCUAGGGUUCGAUCGAACCCCAGUUAAGAACCACUGAAAAGUUUGCUACAAGUCUUGCCUACAAACUCAUGUCAUGAACUGUCCUUUAACAAACUUUAGAAAAUUUGGAAAAAAUUGCAAGAAAUGUUUUGUGUCAACUUGAUAUUUGAGUGGGCUAGUGGCCCCCCUACUUCUGGAAGAUAUUUUUUGUUUGUGAGUUGUGUUAGUUUUACAACCUGUUCUUUGUCUUGUAGUGUGUGAAUGGUAUUGUGAGGGCUUGUUAACAUGGAUUUCAAGACUGCAGAUAAAAUCUUUUUGGUUUCUUUUUUCCUCAAUAUUUUUGAAUUUAAGAAUGAAGUAAAGAAAUGGUAAAUAGGAUAAUCAGCCUCAAUAAUGUCCUCCAAGUCUUGGAUUGUUUUACACGUCAGACUAGUUAUUGUUAGCUUUCUGUGCCAUGUACAAAUCAUGAAAAAAAAAAAAAAAAAAAGUAUGGCUCAGUUGGCACAAACAGUCCAAGUAGGCUUUUCGAUAUUUAUAGUGUGACAGUGUAAGAUACUGCUGCAUUCAGCAAGAAACUUUAGGGAACACAGAGGUAGGUAGCUUUGGAAAAUAUAAAUCUAAAAAA